AUGCCCUUCAACACAGAGCUGACCCGCAAGCUGGGUAUACGAAUACCUGUUGUUCAAGGUGGAAUGCAAUGGGUCGGCUACGCAGAACUAGCAUCAGCAGUAUCUAAUGCUGGUGGAUUGGGAAUACUCACAGCUCUCACCCAGCCAACACCAGAAGACCUGCGCAAGGAGAUCCGAAAAUGCAAGUCCAUGACCGACAAGCCUUUUGGUGUCAAUAUCACCCUCUUACCAUCGAUUAACCCACCUCCAUAUACCGAAUUCGCCCAAGUCGUCAUUGACGAAGGCAUUAAGAUCGUCGAGACAGCCGGUAACUCCCCUGGCCCGGUUAUCAAGAUGCUCAAGGAGCACGACACAAUCAUUCUCCAUAAGUGUACGACUAUCCGCCACGCUCAAUCCGCAGUCAAACUCGGCGUCGACUUCCUCAGCAUAGACGGCUUCGAAUGUGCCGGACACGUCGGCGAGCACGACAUCACAAACUUCAUUCUCCUCAGUAGAGCGCGACAAGUCCUCGGCGUACCCUUUAUCGCAUCCGGUGGCUUCGCAGACGGCCAGGGACUAGCAGCGGCCCUAGCUCUAGGCGCAGAGGGCAUCAACAUGGGAACACGAUUCAUGUGCACUGCCGAAGCACCUAUCCACGAAAAGAUCAAGCAAGCCAUCGUCGACGCGCAAGAAACCGACACAGACCUCGUGCUCAGAAGAUGGAAGAACACAUCCCGCCUCUUCAGGAACAAGGUCACAGAGGCGGCGCUUAAGAUCGAGAAGGAGAGCACAACUGGUGAGUUCAAGGAGGUACAGCCAUACGUCGCUGGUAGCAGAGGGCGACAGGUCUUCUUGAACGGUGAUAAGGAUUAUGGUGUUUGGACUGCAGGUCAAGUCAUUGGAUUGAUUCAUGAUGUGCCAACUUGCAAUGAACUGCUGACGAGGAUUGAGGUUGAUGCUGUGGAGGCCAUGGACAGGAGUAGGUCGAUGUAUGCACCGAUCGGUGAAGGUGGAAAUAAGCAGGGUUAUGAUAAAUUGCCUGCGAAAUUAUAG